AUGGACGAUAAAUAUGGCGUGGAAAUGUUUCAGAUAGACGACCGAAUACAAGAUCCAGUUGAAAGAGCAAAAUUUGAAGAAUUUAAAAAAGACCAUUUAGAUGAAUUCUGGAAUGCAUUUAAUAUUUUCGACACGAACAAAGAUGGUCGGAUAUGUCUUGACGAACUGGGCAGAGUGAUGCAAGGAUGCGGACAAAACCCGACAGAUGAGGACGUGAAAGAUGCAAUGGGCAAAUUAGACAAAAAUAACGAUGGAAUGGUGGAAUUCGCAGAGUUUGUUUAUCAUAUGUAUUAUAUAUACAAGAACCCAAUUACGAUGGCUGAAUCGUUAUCAGAAGCAUUUAAAGUGUUCGACCGGGAUGGAAAUGGGUGGAUAGAUGCUAAGGAAUUAGAAAACAUUGUUAAAAUGCUAGGCGAAGAUCCGUUGAAAGAGACAGACGUCAACGACAUGAUGAAGAUAGCCGAUACCAAUAAUGAUGGAAAGAUUGAUUAUGACGAACCGUUUAAAAAGGCGUUUAGACAAAAACAAAUCAUCAAGAAUGUAUGCAUGAACGGUUAG